UUCUGCCGGUGGCGAAUCGGAUACAGACGGCGGUUGAAUAGGGAUUUCUCUUAAGACCGGCGGCGUAGGCCGAGUCACAGCCAUCUCUGUAGUCUUUAUUGAUCCAUAUCAAUCUUCUUGAGGGAAGGGUUGGAGACUGACUGCAAAAUGGCCAAGUUUUCGAUUACGGAUUGGAGAUACGGGUACUUUUCCGAUAGUAAAUGGCAAUCUGAAGCAGUUGAUAUCCAUCACGUUGUUGUUCUUAGGAAUAGGAGUAAUGGAAAGGGUUUCCUGUUCUACAUUCUUGCUGCCCUUGCUUUCUGUUUUUUCAUACUCAAGGGCCAAUCGAUCUUUGUUGUCUUAUGGUGCUGGGUCUUGAAUGUAUUGUUUGCCAAGAAGCUGUUCAAGGGAACGGUUGAGAAAGAAUCUGUUAUGGUUAUGCCAAAUUUUGGAGUCCAACUCGAAACUCACUAUACUAGUGGAAAAGUCAUCUGUCGAUUCGUGCCAGUUGAUAAAAUUUUAAAACCAGUUCUCCAUGAAUGCGUGACUCCGGUUACUUGUUACUGGAGCCUGUCUUUGAUUAUACAAGGGGAAGACAAACUAUUGCUGGUUUUCAAGGAAUUACGUCCACCGGUGAAAAUGUUGGUGCCUAUCUGGAAGGCUUUAUGUGCUGGUAAAAACAAAGAUGCCUGUUCAUAAAGCGAUCACCCAUUAGCCAUAGCUCCCAGCCAUAGCCUUAAUCAUUCUUCUCUUCCAUUAAUUUUUGUUAAUCGCAGGUACAUGAUAUC